UGAAAGACGCCGAUCACGGGCAAAGCAGUCAAACCUCCAACAGUAUACCAGCAGUUGGCGUACAUCGUUCCCAACCUCCUGCGAUUCCAAUGGGCCGCCACCCUGUUGUAAACGUACUUGACCCACAAGCACCACCUUCGGUCCCAAAUUCCAUAUUUGAUUUAAGGGAAAAAGUAAACAGACUAGUGCCUUAUGAAAACGGAAUUGGGCUAGUUCCUUUAUCGUCAGUUUCGCUUGCAGCAUCAAAUCCCGUAUCGCCGUCAAAGGAAUUAGUUUACCCUGAUGAAACGAAAAAGACUACACCUAUCAUUGCACUGGAAGUCCCUAAACUCGCGCAUUCACUGGAUCUUAAUUUGUUUGAACCGGAAUCGCCGGAGGUGGAGCCUGUUUUUCUAAAGGAAAGUGAGGAAGAACAGGAAACUCGUGUUGUGGUCGAGUUUUCUCAUGCAGGAGAGGAUGAACUUCUGACAGAGUUCAAUAAGCAGAAUUUGAAAGCCGUCACUUCUUGGUAUCUUCAGCACUAUUCAGGGGACAGGAAAUGUAGGAUACUCGCACAACUUGUGCAUUUAAUCAAAACAAACCCGAUUUACGAUGGUGAAGGCAGUAAUCAAGCAAUGUCACCUGGGCAUAUUGCCUUCAAGAUAUUACACACCGCGUUCGUUGAUGAAGAAGGCAAUCCUACUGUCCUCGAACCUCGGCAACGACAGGCCUUAUUUGACCUGAUUUUUUUCGUUUUGUAUCAUUUUUUGGAAAUUUCCAUGACUGCCGACGAGGAUGAAAGAAUAGUUCAAGCAGAAUUGGCGAAAAACUUUCUGGAACUGCUUAUGGCUAUCCAAGAACUAGUGCCUUUGGAGGAUUUUAUAAAACAUCCAGGAUUACUCCAGUUUGUUGCCAAGUGCUCACUAGAAGUGUACUGGUCCAAAGAAGAAGAUGAAGAAGAUUUCUUAGAUGUGGUCGUACCUCACAUUGAACGCGCAUUAAUGUUGUUAACUGAAUUCCAUAAAAUUAUUAAGAAAAUUCCGUCAUACGUGAAUUUUGAUCUGGUACGCCAAGAUAUGGAAAUAGCAGAACACUUACACCAAAUACUUGGUGAUUUCAAUCAACGUAAAGGAGCAGACAGGUUUAAUGCUGGAAUUGUUGGGUUGUAUGAGGAUUACACAGAUGCAGCCGUGUGUAAUAAAUCUCUAUUCCAAGCAUUGCUGCCAUCCGGCUAAUAGUAGGCGCGGUCAUUUAUAAAACUGAAUAUUGAAUCAUCCGCAUCAAUUUUGUUAAGUUAACCUGUUAAGUUCUCAUCUUAUAUGGAUGGACUCGUGUGUGUGAUAACGACCCGGGACAUUUCGAUCAAAUUACAAAUUGCCGUCUCUCUUUACCCUCAUAUUUUCAAUUUUCACCAUCGCUAAAUAAAAAAAACGUAUCACACUGUAUCAAAAUUCUCAU